AUGAAUGGGAGAGUCCUUCAGGAGGGUCAAGUUGGCAGCAUACCAAAUGUAUUACACAAUUAUAGUAAGACGAAUUUGAGCACUCCCAGUUUCGUUCAGGUGAAACUGAAAGACAGUCACGAUAGGAAGAUCAGGAAAGGGGGGUCCACCACUCCGGAGGGAAAUUACCGCAUCCCUAAUUGUGACGACACAGAUGGAAGUUCUAAUUUUUUUAAAAAAUUCUACAGGUCGAUGAAAGCCCUCGUAGGAAUUACAUCACAUGACACAAGGUGGUGUUUAAAGUAUGAGAAGUACAGAAGGUUUAAACAGCACCUUGUCUACAUGGUACAGAGAAACCUAUCCGUUGGGAAGACACGCGUUUGCCUAAUUGACACAGGAGUUGAUCAGCAGGAUGAGGUAGUAGGACAAUUUGUGAGAAUAUACAGGGGGGAACACAACGAAGGGGAAGACACCCAGUACGAUGGAAUAAACACGGAAAGGUGUAACCAGGAAAAUUAUGCCAGCUGCCAAUCCAGCGAUGUGGAUGACGUAGACAUGCACGGGACGUUUAUAGCCAACACUGUAAUUAGGAGGGAUUUAUUGAUAAAGAGGGAAACGUACAAAAGGGACGUCGAACUUAUUGUGUGCAAAGCGUUUGAAGAUAGGGAGAGGACGAACUCGCAUUUGGUGCCCCUCAUAAAAUGUUUGGAACAUUGCAAAGAGAGGGGGGCCAAAGUGAUCCACGUGGGGUAUAAUGUGCAGGGGGAGAGCGAAAAGUUGGUGGAAGUCAUGCAUGAAUUGGAACGGGCCCAAAUUGUUGUGGUGUCACCAUCUCUUCAGGUGUACAAUGGUGAAGGGGGGGAGUCUUCCACGCAGAAAAUGUACCCCUCCUCCUUCGCAGACACUUUUGAAAACGUCUUUUCCGUGGGUGCCCUGAGGAACUCUCCCCAGGGGGGGCUGGCCCCCAUCUCGGGUAACGCCAAUCCAACGGGGGAACAAUUACACAAGAGGGAAAAUACAACUCUGUUUAGCUUCUCAUAUGGCAAGACCUUUCCAUUUGGGAGGAGCCCCUCCUCGAUGGUGGAAGACGGACUAGGGUACGCAUCGGCCGAUUUUGUAAGCACCCUAGUGAUGAUUCUUAACGUCAACCCUAAGUUAUCUGUCAGCAGAAUGAGGCACAUUUUGAAAAGAUCCAUGGUGAAGAGGAGUGAACUGAAGGGGCUCUCCAAGUGGGGUGGCUAUAUCGACCUGUUUAAAGUGAUUGAGGCGACGUUAAAGGAGAGGAAUGAACUGUUAAAAAGGUUCCUACGAAAGAUGGACGUGGAUCUGGGGGAAGAAGUAACAAGUAGCAGCUUCAGGGGGGAUCUAUCCAAAGGUGGGUUGACAGGAAACCUUUGGGAUUGGGCUGAGAGACCUCCCACUGAUGAGGAACGGCCCAGCUUUGGUGAAUCUAUCACGGGGGAGGUGACCCCACGUUUAAACGUUGCGUCGGACGAGGGGGAAGAAGUGACUAGCCGUUUGGAAGACCAACUCAUAUUCCCACAACGCAGUGGUGAAAUGGAACAGAUGGAAAGGCAACUAGGAGGUGAAGCGAUGAGCGGGUUAGACCCGGAGGAGGAUGAGGAGGGAAACGACCUGGGCUACUACGACGUGGAACACUACGAUAUGGAUGUUAUUUCCCAAAAGAAGGAAGAUUUUUCCGAUGAGGUGGCCACUCUAAGUGAAGACCCCCCCAGUGACACCACCUACAGUAGUAUGUACAAUGAUGAGGAGGAUGUCUAUCUGCCUGAUGAGGAAAACAAAUCGUUUUAUGAAGACACGGGAGGAGUGCCAGUGCCAGUGGAAGAGGGGGUGUCGAGUCUCCCUUUGGGUUUCUCCUUUUUGGAAAAUCACACCAGUGAUUGGGGAAGUGUACUACCUGCACAUCGUAGCAACGAACGGGUGCAAGUGUAUGGAUCUGGUGAAGGUACCUCUCUUCCUCUGAACCGUAGAUCUGAGGGCGAAAGUGGUUUCCCAGAAAGGUGGGAUGAACUGGGUACACACGCAAUGAAUGAGGAAGACAGUGAUGAGCGUCACCACGGCCAAGCUGAUUGGCUGACUCAGAGGAAAGGAACUAAAUACGUAGAUGACCCUGCAUACGAUGCGGGUAAGAUGUAUGGGAAUUCACCGGAGGGUAUUCCAGAAAGGGAGUUAUUACGCGCUGACUGGGGGUUGUCAACACCAUCCUUGUCGAGGUGGGAUCGAAGCGGGGAGACAUCCCCAUGGAGAGAUGAAAGUGAGGGGUAUGCUUUUUCUCCCGAGGAUGACACCAAUUGGGGGGAGAAGCAUGCUAGGAAGAGGCGAGCACUAGAUGAACGGGGCAGAAGGCGAAGAAGAUCCCGACGGGCAACGCCAAGGCAGAGGAGAAGGACCCCAACAAGAGGAAGAACUACGAGGAGGUUAACAAAGAGGGAAGCAGCUCUGGUGCGAAGAAAUGAACAAACUAGAAAGAGCAGAAAUUAUAAUGCUAUGAGGUCUCGGAGAAGUGGUAAUUAUGGAAAAAUGACCAUUAGAAAGUACCACUACGCCUUCGUUUGUUUUCUCAUCUUCGGGAUGGUAGAGAAUGUGCCUAUUCAAUACAGAAGACACCACCUGCAUGAUGUAACGACGAGGAGAAAACAUCGAACUGAUGGUGGUGACUGUGGAGAGGGGGGAGGAGACAGUCUAAUUUACUUCCAGGGGAGGGUUUUACGUGGGGUGUCUCCUGAAGUGCUCACGGGGGGGGAAUUUCAAAGGGGGGUCGAUUCUUCCUGGCCGCCUCCUCCCUCUGCCUAUUCCCUCCCACAAGGGGAUCACCUUCCCCCGGAGGAUCAACACCACUUGGACGAAGUACUAUCCAAAGUGAGGAAAAAAAAAAUGAUAAUAAAAUUUAAACCACAGGAAAACGGAGCGCAGUCCGCUCUGAUGCAACAGAACAUGGUGAAUGUAUUGGGGUCCUGUGGGAAAGUGAAGAAGCUGAGCCACAUAGACCUUUACCUCUAUGAGGUCUUUUCAAAUAUCAACGAGAAAGUGCUAAAGAAUUGCCUGCGGGUGUUGACCAGUGGGCACAUGCUGGUCGAGCAGGACUUUGAGAUACAUCCCGUCGAGGAGGGGGGCUGCACGAAAAGCACGGGUGGCCUUAUCCCAAUCGGAGCGAUUGUUGACCACGCCCCCGUUAGGAAUGGAGAGAACUUACGCAACCACCGUGGCACCUUUCAGCUGAACAAUCAGAUGGCGUUUAAAAACUUUUUGAGCAGACUUAAAAGUGAUUGCAAGGGGACGAACAUCAUUAAGGGGUAUGACCAAACGAAGAUGAAGGAAGGGACGGAGUUGUCUGAGCCUCACGAACAGAAUGACGUAAACGUGUGCAUCGUGGAUACGGGGGUUGAUUACAACCACCGGGAUUUGCGGGGCAACGUUGUUCAUGUGCUGCAUGGGCGGGAUGUUGGAGGGGAUCAGAACGUCGAGGGGGACGACAGUGGUGGGGAUGGCAACAGCGGGGAUGCUAGCACCGUGGAAGGAAGUGCAGUAGACGAAGCUGAUCGGAGUGACCGUGGUGACCACCCAGGCGGAAUGGACAACCACGGGCACGGGACGUUCAUAGCGGGGAUCAUUGCAGGGAAUUCGGAACGAGAAAACCACGGGAUCAAAGGAAUUUCUAGGAGAGCUAAACUAACCAUAUGCAAGGCGCUGAACAGUAAGAACGCCGGAUUCGUUAGCGAUAUUUUAAAGUGCUUUAAUUUUUGUGCAUCGAAAGAGGCAAGAAUUAUUAACGCAAGUUUUGCCAGCACAAAGAAUUACCUAUCCCUAUUUGAAGCGUUGAAGACGCUGGAGGAGAAAAGCAUCCUCGUCGUUUCAUCAUCCGGCAACUGUUGCCCCACAGCCGAAUCGAAGAACGCGUUUCCAGAGUGUAAUUUAGAUGUGAAGAAAGUGUACCCUACGGCUUAUUCUAAGAAGCUACGUAACCUCAUCACCGUUUCGAAUAUGAUUCAGCAGGAAAAUGGGGAAAUGACUUUAUCUCCUGAUUCUUGCUAUAGUGCCAAGUAUGUCCACUUGGCUGCCCCAGGAGAUAACAUAAUUUCUACCUUCCCAAGGAAUAGGUAUGCCAUAAGCAGCGGUUCGUCGUUUUCCGCUGCUGUGGUUACUGGUUUGGCUGCCCUGGUGCUUUCGAUUAAUGCUCGUUUGAGUUUCGAGGAGGUGAUUCGCCUGUUGCGGGAGUCCAUUGUGGAAACGGAGUCCCUUCGGAGUAAGGUGAAGUGGGGGGGCUUCCUCGACGUGCACCACUUGGUUAGCGCAACUAUUGCUCUUUCGGGAGGGGGGGUUAAAACAGCCAAGGAGUGA